CUCCGUCAGCCACCGAUUGGAUAAAUUAAUUACGUCACUGUUCGCUGAAAGCGGAAGUUGUUGGCUAAAGUGGACAUGGGAGAAUGAACCUUGCUAAUUUCUGUCUUUUUGUUAUGAUACAGGUUUCCUCACGUUCGGUUGCGUAGUACGCAGGGCUCACUGAGGUGUAGACAUGGAGGUGCCUUGCUACCUGCCCAAACUGCUGUUUGAGCUCAAUGAGCAGCGUAAGCGGGACUUCUUCUGUGACUGCAGCAUCCUUGUCGAAGGCCGUGUCUUCAAGGCCCAUCGUAAUGUGUUGUUUGCUGGGAGCGGCUAUUUCCGGGCUCUUCUGGUUCACUAUCUGCAGGAUAGUGGACAGCGCUACAGCACAGCUUCAUUGGACAUUGUGACAGCCGAUGCCUUCUCCAUUAUCCUGGACUUCCUUUACUCUGGCCGCUUGGCCCUGAACAGAAGCAAUGUCAUUGAGGUGAUGUCAGCAGCCAGCUACCUGCAGAUGACCGAUCUGGUAAACUUCUGUAAGGGAUACAUCCGCUCAUCUUUGGAAAUAUGCAACAAGGAGAAGGAGAGGGACACAGAGAAGGAGAACCAGGCACAGGAUGGAGGGAUGGGUCCUGCAGACACCGGCACUCCUGCUGCGUCAAUCUCCAGUGGUGCAGGGGCUGCGGAGCCCCAUUCACAGAUAGCAGAGGCAGAUAGAGGGUCGGGCUUAGGUCCAGAGUCUGUGACCUCGGCUAGAACCCCCUUGUCUAUCCCUGUCACGACAACUCCAGGCACCAGCAGGGACAUGGACAGUGACUACCAUUCUAGGGAGGAAUUUGCAUCUGGGAGUGAAGGACAGAAGGGACACAUGGAUCAGACUAACCUCUCAUCCUCUUCAUCAUCUGCUUUGACCCCGGAGUUAGUGAACCCCAAGAUAGAGUACGACCCCGAUGAGGAGCUUAUGGAGUCCCCUGACACCAAAGACCUGGCCUCAUAUCCUGGGCCCUCCCUCCAUAACCCUCAUCAUAGCAGGCUAAUUCCCCCAAGUCCCUCUCCCUCCAAUGACCGCUCUCCCUUGGGUUACAGCCCUUCCUUCAAUGCCAGGCAGCUGAUGGAAAUGCUGGCCAGAGGUGAAGGUCCCAGUCCUCUAGGGGACAGAGUGGGGCAGCGCUUUACCCAAGGACUAUGUAGCAACACAGGAGGAGGCAGAAUGGAUGAAGGUUUAGGGUUUGUGGGAUCAUCUAUCAUGGAGAUCCAGUCUGAUUGGCUUGGAGAGGACACAGGGGAUGGUUUGGUAGUGCCAGUGAAACUCCACAAGUGCCCAUUCUGCCCAUACACUGCCAAGCAGAAGGGAAUCAUGAAGAGACACAUCCGUUGCCACACAGGAGAGAGGCCCUUCCCCUGUCCCAUGUGUGGCAAGAGGUUCACAAGACAGGAGCACCUUCGCAGUCAUGCCCUCAGUCUAUUCAGUUACCUGCUGUCUGUUCAGUGGGAUGUGGUAUUUACAAAAUACUGCACUUUGUCCAACACGCAAAUUACAAGUUGUUUUGAAAUGUGAGUUACCAUUAUUAUAAAUGACUGAGGAAUCUCAGAAUUUCAUUGCCAGCUGUGUGUUGGCAACUGUCACACAGAAAAAGAGUUCACUUGUUGAAAACAAUUUCAAAUUAAAUUGUUCUUAAUUUUGAUUAAUGACUUUUUAAAACCCAUUUUUAAUUUACAUUUUUUGUGGGGAAUUGCACAGUGGCAAUUAUCUGUCCUUUUGUUGUAGUUUACAGAUUAAUUGUUGUAUUGUGUCAUAGUUAAGAUAUAAUGGUUUGUACAAAACCAGUUAAAGCCAGUAAUUGCUAGCAGUUAGUUGUAAACAGUAAUUAGCCAUCUCACUCUUUAAUUGAGUGUUGUUAAAUUCAGUUCUUUUUUUUUCCCUGUUGCUUGUGUUUUGUGUGCAGUGAAGGAAGCAUAAUGAGAGCAGUAAAUCUUUUGGCUCCUAUGUUGUUAUUCUUCACCUACAAUAAUCUAAAAGUUGGUGUUGCCUAUGAAAAAUGAUUCACAUUCUGCUGUCUGACCACUGACAGGUCCAUAGGCACUACUGGCCAGUAUCGUGUAAGAGCUGCAGGCGAACCUUCACUGGAUCCAGUGUUUCACCAGGACUCAGGCGCUUCGGCAUCUGCGACAGCUGCAACUGCGUAACCACCACUCACGAUGAUUCCGCCCCUGUUGACCCUGCCAGCCAACGAGAGCCCAUGGAACGCGCGGACGGGGGUACAGAUUGGUCCAGUUUUAUGGACGACGUAGAUGAGGUGGAGGUUGGCAGAGUGGAGGACUUGGUAGAGAAGCAGAUGCUUGAAAGGCAGCUGGCUGUCUGCACUGAUGUGAAUCUGUAGCCCACUGUACUCGGAGAAAAAAACCCUUCCUUGAACUGUUCUACUGUUCAGUUAACCUUGGCCAUAAAAUUAUUAAUGUUAAAUUAUCACUGUAAGAUUACCUUAUUUAUGGGCUCAUUUGUAACCAGAAAAUGUGUCCUUUUGACUGUUGGAGAUAUUGGGCUCCAGUGAUUUACCUGGCAGCAAAUAAAUCCAGUGUGUUUUUUUUUGGGGGGGGGGUUGUGUUUUUUUAUAAAUCAUAAAUGUGAACUUUAAUUUCCUGCACAUGUCUUUGCAUAGUUGAUGAAAUCCAAACUUCUCUGUAUGUGCUGUAUAUAAAGAGAAUGUGGAUGUCAAAGCUGUUACAGAGGAUAAACAAAGUAGCAUGUUACAUGUUUUGUUUUGUUUUGUCCAAAAAGAUUGUAGUUCAGCUUUGUGGUUAUAAUGGGGCCAUUGUGGGUAUUGUUGCAAUAAAUGCGUUGUGUAACUGUGGACAUAUGUAUGCUUGCUUGCUUGCUUACAGGGAGUGUUAUUCACGGCAUAAUAAUCAGAAUACAAUAAUCUAUAUUAUUCAGCAUAUAAUUAUCAGUGUCUCUUAAAAGUCAAACCAGAAUACUUUUAACAGAAUACCUGAUCACUUCCUUUGCCCAGAAAUGUGUGAGAGCAUUUAUGUGUGUGUGCAGGUAUGUUGUUUUCACAUCCAAACACUGUGUGUGUGUGUAAUUGAAAAUUAAGUGAUCUAUGGGUCACUUAAUUUAAGUAUAAGGGUCAAAUAUGAUUUACUUUCUACAGUAAUAUUAAAACUUAUGGUCAUUCACUG